AUGUUUUCCCCAAAAGGAUCACCAGAGUUUUCCAUUAUACCACCAAACAUAUCAACAUCGCCCUACAAACCAUUCAGACCCUCGAAAAAACCGGUAUCGACAUUUGGAUCCCUGGACGCUUUCGACGGCUCAAACGCCCAAGCUGGACCAUCUCGCAUCAGAGCGCAAUCAGGGUUUGAUAUUCCACUUAAUCUCCCUGAUCCCUUCUUCACCCAACAUAACUCCUUCACUGGCAACCAACAUGAUGCAGUGGACAUCCAGCAACGGGUGGAAGAUGCACAGAUUCUCAAGCAAUCCAAGGAGCAACUUGGGAGCUAUACAUGUCGGGUAGAGAGGUGUAAUGCGAUAUUGGGUAAUUACGAGAUAUUACUUAAGCAUGUCGAUAAACAUCUUCAAAAGAUGCAUGCACAUGCAUAUCAGGAAGAUCCUCGAGACAAUGAUGACGAUAAUUUCUUCUUUCGACGCCGGCCGAAGUAUAAUUGCCCAUGGGGGAAUUGUAAGCAAGAUGAAUAUGACAUUGAACGAUUGAAAAGACAUAUCGAGGUGGCCCAUCUGGAGCCUGAGCUACGAUGUCCUUUUAAAGGUUGUAAUGAUAAACUGUACAAAGCAGGAUAUGGUAUAUCAAGUGUAUCACAUCAUUUUGAAAAACAUCCUCUACCAUGGGAAGAAUCCUCGUCUCAACCUAGUUUCCGCAAUUCAUAUCUUCCUGUCAACCCUCCUCCACCUUUACCCGAUAUAGUCUUACCAGCAUAUAUGAUCUCCCAUCCACCGAUUUUACCUCGAGGUCAAAACCAACCCAUAUCCAAGACUCGUACACCUUCACCACCUUCCAUUCCAAUCCCUUCGAUACCUCGAUACAUUUACGAGGAAGACGAUAUCUUCAUCCCCUCUACACCAAAAUCAGGUAAAACUGGCAGUAACAAGAGUCCGCCAACCUUUCGUAAGAUGGAACAUCCAAUGUUACCUAAUCGUAACGAUGAUACCAUCCCGUUCUUUCCCCUAUGUGGAGAAGCGAUAUCGUACGAUUCCACUGGAACAUUCUCAGGUAGUAUAUUCCCAUCGACAGUCCCUCCUGAAGGAGACGAAGAUAGGGAAAGAGACAGUAUGGGGAAUUUCAUCGUUCCUUCCGCGUCUGAGGAUGGCGCCGUGUAUGUACAAAUUAAGAAGAAGCUACCGAAUAGGAAUGGGAUAGUGAGAUUGGGUAGACCUAGAUUAGGUGUACCUGCAGAUGUGUUCGAGUGGAACAGGAAACGUAGAGAAAUAAGGUUGAAGAAAGAGAAAAUGAAAGAUAGCAAAGGUAAAGGCAAAGCCACAAAUGUAACAUCGGAUGAAAAGAUGGAUAUAGAUGGUCUUCAAGGUACAGCAGUAAUAGCAGAAGGGAAAGUGAGGGAGCUAAGUUUGAAUUUGAAGAAAUGGCAUCCUGAUUUGAUUAGAAGUUCGGCAUUACGAUACGCAAGCAGGAAAACUAGGAGGUCAGUCGGUGUAGAUGUAUGGAAAGAGGUUAUAAGGUUUGAGAAUGAAGGUAGAUAUUGGGGUGAAUUAUGA